GCACAACAUGUUUUGUACACAGUUCCAGUUUAAAGAAGCAUAUGUUGAUUCAUACUGGGGAGAAACCUUUCAAAUGUGAAGUGUGCACAAAAUGUUUCAAGCGUUGUUCCCACUUAAACCUACAUAUGUUGAUUCAUACAGGCAUGACACUUUUCAGAUGUGAGGUCUGUUACAAAUGUUUUUCACAUAGUUUCGACUUAAAGAAGCAUAUGUCGAUUCAUACUGGUGUGAAACCUUUCAAAUGUGAAGUGUGCGCAAAAUGUUUUACACACAGUUUGAGCUUAAAGCAGCAUAUGUUGAUUCAUACUGGGGUGAAACCUUUCAAAUGUGAAGUGUGCGCAAUAUGCUUUGCACAGAGUGUCAGCUUAAAACAACAUAUGUUGAUUCAUACUGGCGAGAAACCUUUCAAAUGUGAAAUGUGCACAAAAUGUUUUGCACACAGUUGCAGCUUAAAGAAGCAUAUGUGGAAUCAUACUGGGGAUAAACCUUUCAAAUGUGAAGGAUGCACAAAAUGUUUUACACAGAGUUCCAGCUUAAAGCAGCAUAUGUUGAUUCAUACUGGAGAGAAACCUUUCAAAUGUGAAGUGUGCACAACAUGUUUUACACAGAGUUCCAGCUUAAAGAAGCAUAUGUCGAUUCAUACUGGGGAGAAACCUUUCAAAUGUGAAGUGUGCACAACAUGUUUUGCACACAGUUCCAGCUUAAAGAAGCAUAUGUGGAUUCAUACUGGGGAUAAACCUUUCAAAUGUGAAGGAUGCACAAAAUGUUUUGCACAGAGUUCCAGCUUAAAGCAGCAUAUGUGGAUUCAUACUGGGGAGAAACCUUUCAAAUGUGAAGUGUGCACAACAUGUUUUACACGGAGUUCCAGCUUAAAGCAGCAUAUGUCGAUUCAUACUGGGGAUAAACCUUUCAAAUGUGAAGGAUGCACAAAAUGUUUUACACAGAGUUCCAGCUUAAAGAAGCAUAUGUGGAUUCAUACUGGGGAUAAACCUUUCAAAUGUGAAGUAUGCACAAAAUGUUUUACACAGAAUUCCAACUUAAAGAAGCAUAUGUUGAUUCAUACCAGUGAGAAACCUCUCAAAUGUGAAGUGUGCACAACAUGUUUUGCACAGAGUUCCAGCUUAAGAUGAUAUAUGUCGAUUCAUACUGGUGAGAAACCUCUCAAAUGUGAACUGUGCACAACAUGUUUUAUAUAAAGUUCCAGCUUAAGACGACAUAUGCUCAUUCAUACUGGUGAGAAACCUUUCAAAUGUGAAGUGUGCACAAAAUGUUUUACACAGAGUUCCAGCUUAACACGAUAUAUGUUGAUUCAUACAUGGAAGAACUGAACUGAAGAUGUAGAUUGAGUGACAUGUUUCUAGACAAAACAAGUGUGUAUCCAUCUCUGAUGAGGAUUUAGUGACUGAUGAGAAAGAAGUAGACAAGUAGUAAUUCAGCCUUUAAUUAUUUAUUUGUUCAUUUUCUUACUUGACUAGAAAUAUAUAUAUUAACUGUAUAGUAAGUCUUUAUGCCAGAAUGAUCAAAUGAUUGACCUCAAGUAGCCGAUGAUAAAUAAUGUUAGAAAGUAUAAGUGUGUAUUUUCAUGUAUCAGUUUUAAGGUAUUAUAGAUUUUUAAAAAUGCUUCAUUAUAUCAUAACUGUGUAUUACUUUACUGUUCUGAUUUAACAAUACUACUACAACUUU